GUCGCUUUCAUGCUUUUGAAAUUUCGCACAACUUGGACAAAAGCUCCAGUGGAAGAGGCGUUAGACAAUUCAAAACUGCACUUCUUCAACGACUUGAGCAGGAUGAGCAUGUGACAAUAAGAAAAAGGAAGGAAAAGAGUGACACUCGUGAGCUUAAGCGUGUUUACCAUGCCUAUAGGGAUUAUUUUAUGAGACAUGACAAAGCAUUUGAUCUGGAACAAAGUCACAGGGAAAAAUUGAUUAAUGCACGAAACAUUGCUUCUGUUCUUUUUGAGGUGUUAAAAACAGUUUCGAAUGCAGCUGGUCCUCGGGCAUUUACCGAUGGAAAUGCAAUCCCCAAGAAAUCUGAAUUCAAUAUUUUACCCCUUGAUCAAGGAGGCAUUCAACAUGCAAUUAUGCAGCAGAGUGAGAUUAAGGCUGCAAUCGCAGUUAUGCGCAAUGUUCGAGGUUUACCCCCUGCACAAGAUUUCAAGAAAAAUGGAGGCUUUGUAGAUUUGUUUGAUUUUCUUCAGCAUUGUUUUGGAUUCCAGGAAGGCAAUGUAGCCAACCAAAGGGAGCAUCUGAUUCUUCUCCUAGCCAACAUGCAUACUCGGCAAACACACAACCAGACAUCGGUUUUAAAGUUAGGAGAAGGAACUGUUGAUGAAUUGAUGAAGAAGUUUUUCAAGAAUUAUACAAACUGGUGCAAGUUUUUGGGAAGAAAAAACAAUAUCCUGUUACCUUUCGUUAAACAAGAAGCACAGCAAUAUAAAAUUCUAUACAUAGGGCUUUAUCUUCUCAUAUGGGGAGAAGCAGCCAAUCUACGUUUCAUGCCGGAGUGUCUCUGCUACAUCUUUCACAAUAUGGCAUAUGAAUUGCAUGGGAUUCUAACUGGUGCUAUUAGCUUAACAACAUGGGAAAAGGUCAUGCCCGCUUAUGGAGGAGAACCUGAGUCUUUCCUUAACAAUGUUGUCACCCCCAUAUACAAAGUUAUUAGUGAGGAAGUAGAGAAAAGCAAAGGCGGUACAGCAGAGCAUUCGGUUUGGAGAAACUAUGAUGAUUUGAAUGAGUACUUCUGGUCUCCUGAUUGUUUUGGAAUUGGUUGGCCAAUGCGUCUGGACCAUGAUUUUUUCGUCGUUGGACCGGAAAGUAAAUCCACUGCCAACAAUGCUAUUGUUCUAUCACCUGAUAAAUCGAAAGAAAAGAAAGAUGAGGAAGCAGAGGAUGCAACAGAGGAACCCCCAGCAGAGGAAAUCCAUGAACCGCAAUGGCCAGGAAAGACGAAUUUUGUAGAAAUUCGUUCAUUUUGGCAAAUUUUUAGAAGCUUUGAUAGAAUGUGGAGUUUCUUAAUUCUAUCCCUUCAGACCAUCAUAAUCAUUGCUUGCCAUGACUUGGGAUCCCCCCUUCAGUUAUUUGAUGCCAUAGUAUUUGAAGACAUAAUCAGCAUCUUCAUUACUUCUGCAUUUCUUAAACUUAUUCAAGCAAUUUUAGACAUCACCUUUACAUGGAAAGCCAGAUAUACAAUGGAAUAUUCUCAAAAAGUGAAACUCUUGAUGAAGCUGAUCUUUGCUCUUAUAUGGACUAUUGUUCUUCCUGUUUGCUAUGCUAAUUCAAGAAGAAAAUAUACUUGUUAUUCUACUAAGUAUGGAAGCUUGGUUGAGGAAUGGUGCUUUACAUCCUAUAUGGUUGCGGCAGCCAUAUACUUAACAAGUAAUGCAGUUAAUGUUGUGUUAUAUCUCGUCCCUGCCUUCUCCAAGUAUAUGGAGGUCUCUAAUCACAAGAUAUGCAAAGUUUUAUCUUGGUGGACUCAGCCUAGAGUCUACGUCGGGCGGGGGAUGCAAGAAGACCAAGUUUCGGUUCUGAAGUAUACAUUGUUUUGGAUACUGGUGCUAUGUAGCAAAUUUAUAUUCAGCUACAGUUUUGAGAUAAAGCCACUCAUAGCACCAACUAGACAAAUUAUGAAAAUUGGUGUUAGAAAGUAUGACUGGCAUGAACUUUUUCCAAGAGUCAAAAGUAAUGCCGGUGCAAUUGUUGCCGUCUGGACCCCUGUAGUAAUUGUAUAUUUUAUGGACAUUCAAAUUUGGUAUUCUGUAUUCUGUACAAUAUUUGGUGGACUUUAUGGCAUUCUAAAUCACCUUGGUGAAAUAAGGACACUGGGAAUGCUGAGAAGUAGAUUUGAUUCCUUGCCUUCUGCAUUUAAUGUCUGUCUGAUUCCACCAUCCUCUAAACGCGGUAAAAAGAAAAGAAAAGGCUUCCUUAGCAACAUAUUUCAAAAGAUGCCUGAUGAAAAAGGUGCCAUUGCCAAAUUUGUCGUAGUAUGGAAUCAAAUAAUAAAUCAUCUUCGGCUUGAAGACUUGAUCAGUAACAGAGAGAUGGAUUUGAUGUUGAUGCCAAUGUCUUCAGAAUUAUUUUCACGUAAGGUUCGUUGGCCUGUUUUCCUGUUAGCAAAUAAGUUUUCUACAGCUUUGACCAUUGCUAAAGAUUUUGAGGGAAAGGACGAGAUUCUUGCUAAAAAAAUUACAAAAGACAAGUACAUGUUUUAUGCUGUACGAGAGUGCUACGAGUCAUUGAAGUAUGUUCUUGAGAUUCUUGUUGUGGGAAAUCUGGAGAAAAGGAUUAUAUGUGAUAUACUUGGUGAAAUUGAAAAAAGUAUCCAAGAAUCAUGUCUUCUCAAGAAAUUCAACUUGAAAGUUCUACCAGCUCUGCAAGCUAAGGUCAUUGAGCUAGCGGAACUUCUGAUGGACGGAGAUAAAGACCAUCAGUACAAAGUUGUGAAAGCUUUACAAGAUAUGUUUGAACUGAUAACAAAUGAUAUGAUGGUUGACUCAAGAAUAUUGGAUAUGAUACACAUUCCACAAAUAAAUGAGGGCGAGUAUGUGUAUCUAACCAGAGAUAUUGACCAACUAUUUGAGGGAGUGAAUAGUGAUAUUGAAACACUAUUAUUUGCCAAUGAGAAUUCUAUCCAUUUUCCCUUGCCAGAAAAUGACCCUGUGAUUGAAAAGAUCAAGCGCUUUCAUUUGUUACUUACGGUGAAGGAUACAGCAAUGGACAUGCCUGCUAACAUAGAUGCUCGUAGGCGCAUAUCAUUCUUUGCUACUUCUUUAUUUACAGAUAUGCCUGAUGCUCCAAAAGUGCGAAAUACGCUACCAUUCAGUGUUAUUACUCCAUAUUAUGUUGAGGACGUCAACUUUUCCCUAAAGGAGCUUGGUUCAGAUAAAGAGGAGGACUCCAUCAUCUUUUACUUGCAAAAGAUAUUUCCAGAUGAGUGGAAAAACUUUAUGCAACGUAUGGAUUGUGAAAAUCAGAAGAAUUUAGAAGAUGAUCUUAGACAGUGGGCUUCCUUCAGGGGCCAGACACUAUGCAGAACAGUUAGAGGGAUGAUGUACUACAGAGAAGCCUUAAAGCUACAAGCAUUUCUUGACAUGGCUGAAGAUGAAGAUAUUCUGGAGGGUUAUGAGACUACUGAAAAAAGUAACCGUGCACUAUUUGCUCAUCUUGAAGCACUUGCAGACAUGAAAUACACGUAUGUUGUUUCCUGUCAGUCAUUUGCAUCACAAAAGGCUAAAAAUGAUCCACAUUAUAGAGACAUAAUUGACUUGAUGAUACGAUAUCCGUCUCUCCGUGUCGCGUAUGUUGAGGAAAAGGAGGAAAUAAUACAACGGAAACCUCACAAAGUGUACUCAUCUAAACUGGUUAAAGUGGUCAAUGGUUUUGAACAGACAAUAUAUCAGAUAAAGCUUCCAGGUCCACCAGAUAUUGGGGAAGGAAAGCCUGAAAAUCAGAAUAGUUCAAUAGUAUUUACUCGUGGCGAAGCCCUCCAGACAAUUGAUAUGAACCAAGAUAAUUACUUGGAAGAAGCUCUAAAAAUGAGAAACCUUCUCCAAGAAUUUCUUAAGUGCCAAGGGCGGCGUCCUCCUACCAUACUUGGUUUAAGGGAACAUAUUUUCACAGGAAGUGUGUCUUCUCUGGCAUGGUUCAUGUCGUAUCAAGAAACCAGCUUUGUCACUAUUGGUCAAAGGCUUCUUGCCAAUCCUCUCAGGGUGCGGUUUCACUAUGGACAUCCAGAUGUAUUUGACAGGGUCUUUCACAUCACCAGAGGAGGUGUAAGCAAAGCAUCCAAAACAAUUAACUUGAGUGAGGAUGUUUUUGCUGGAUUUAAUUCUAUUCUAAGAAGAGGAUGUAUUUCCUACCAUGAAUACUUGCAAGUUGGCAAAGGUCGUGAUGUAGGCCUAAACCAGAUCUCAAAAUUUGAAGCCAAGGUGGCAAAUGGAAAUAGUGAGCAAACUAUAAGCCGCGACAUAUUUCGCCUUGGCCGUCAAUUCGAUUUCUUCCGAAUGCUAUCUUUUUAUUUCACCACCAUUGGAUUUUACUUCAGCAGCUUGAUGUCUGUGAUAGGAAUAUAUGUAUUUCUCUACGGGCAGCUAUAUCUGGUGCUUAGUGGGUUGGAAAGAGCACUUAUAAUUGAGGCCAGAAUCAAGAAUGUACAGUCCUUGGAAACAGCUCUUGCCUCACAAUCAUUCAUACAGCUUGGCCUUCUCACAGGCUUGCCGAUGGUGAUGGAAAUUGGCCUCGAGAAAGGAUUCCUUACAGCCGUCAAAGAUUUUGUCCUCAUGCAACUGCAACUGGCUGCUGUUUUCUUCACAUUCUCCCUUGGAACAAAAACACAUUACUAUGGCCGGACGAUCCUGCACGGUGGCGCAAAGUAUAGGCCGACCGGACGCAAAGUUGUUGUCUUCCAUGCAAGCUUCACUGAGAAUUAUAGACUAUAUUCAAGAAGCCAUUUUGUGAAGGGGUUUGAACUGAUGCUGCUGUUGAUUGUUUAUAACAUGUUCAGGAGAUCAUACCAGAGCAACGUGGCAUACGUGCUGAUAACAUACGCCAUUUGGUUCACUUGGUGGGAUGAUGAGCAAGCGCAUCUUCGUCGAUCUGGUCUCUUUUCAAGAUUGGCAGAGAUAUUGCUUUCGCUUCGAUUCUUCAUCUAUCAGUACGGUCUGGUCUAUCACCUGGACAUCUCCCAGCACAGCAAGAACUUUCUUGUUUAUGUCCUUUCUUGGAUUGUGAUUGUUGCAGUUUUCCUCUUGGUGAAGGCCGUGAACAUAGGAAGG